GCGGGUAGCAGGCGGUGGCGAGUUUGAAAUUGAAAGACAGCGCGGCGGAGGAGCGCCUGAGGAGAGACGGGCUGGUUCUUUCUGGACAGGUCCUGUGAGGCGGAGACGGCGGCGUUCUAGGCCGCCCAGCGUCUUAAAACACAAUGGGUGAAGACGAACUGGCACUCUUAGAUAAAAGCAUAAAUGAAUUUUGGGAUAAGUUCAGAAACAGACUCGAUGAUAAUCGUAGUCAAGUGGUGGGACUUAAAGAUGCCUUCAAGGACUCCAUUAGAGCGCUUUCAGAAAAGUUGUCUUUGAAAUUAAAGGAAGAAGAAAGGAUGGCUGCGACAAUUCUGGAAUAUAAAAAUCAGCUCUGUAAGCAGAAUAAGCUUAUUCAAGAAAAGAAAGAUAAUGUGUUAAAGAUGAUUGCUGAAAUAAAAGGCAAAGAGCAAGAGUUGGAAGUGCUGACGGCAAAUAUCCAGGAGCUUAAGGAAGAGUAUGCUAGGAAGAAGGAAACCAUUUCCACUGCUAACAAAGCUAAUGAAGAGAGAAUGAAACAGCUGCAGAAAUCAGCGGAUUUGUAUAGAGAUCGCCUUGGACUAGAAAUUAGAAAGAUUCACGGUGAUAAGUUGCAGUUUAUAUUUACUAGUAUUGACCCCAAGAAUCCUGACAGCCCAUAUAUGUUUUCCCUGAGCAUAAAUGAAGCUAAGGAAUAUGAAGUGUCCGACUGUUCGCCUCAUCUUGAGUGCCUAGCAGAAUUUCAAGAGAAAGUCAGGAAGACCAACAAUUUUUCAGCCUUUCUCGCCAAUGUUCGGAAAGCUUUUAUAGCUAAGGUUCAUAAUUGAUAUAGGUCUGGUUUUUGUUAUUGUAUAUAUCCAAAAGGAAUUCUCCUCUCUUGACCCUGUCAUUUUUCUCUAUUUCUGUGUGGUAUUAAACUAGAAUACAUCAUCAAACCAUGCCUCUUUGAUAUAACAUUUGUGAGCUGAAAACAGGUAAGCAGCAGCAUAGUUAGAAAAACUUUGCCCUCUCCCAGUGUGCCUAAACAUGGGACCUAAAUUAUAGAGGUGUCUAGCUCUAUACCCACAAAGAAAGAUAGAAGUUGGCCACUUACUAUUUCAGACAUGGCACCAGAGGAAUUGACAAGCCUUGGUUCAUUCAUUUAUUCCUGUAAAUAUAUUCUUCAUAAUUCCCCAUCUGUGGAAGUCAAAGGCAAAUCUGCUGUCUGCCUUACAUAAAAUCCUACUGUUCUCUGCUGAAGAUGCUGUGUAAACCUGACUAGGCCACUGUUUGGAGUUCUCUUCUGUUGGGGUUCUCCUGUACAGUGUGUACUGCCUGUGAUAAUAAACUUGCUUGGUUUCCUUCA